CAAUAAGCAAUGUCUUCUGUAAUGCCUUAGUCUGUCUAAAUACUUUCAACAUGUACAUAAAAUUUGAAAUGAAAUUUAAGACUCAUGCUGAAGAUUUACAACAUAACAACCUGACAACAGCGCAAAGUAGAUGAGAGUGAUCGAGGGUUAUCACUACAUUUUCAGACUGAACUUUUUUUACAUGUCAGAAAGGACUUACAACUUUCAAUUUACAAACCAAUUACAGCAGUCGCCGUGUUGGGAUACUGUGCUAUUCAUUUGUGGCUGUAGGCUGAUUAAUUCUUUUAAAUACGUUUGAAGUGUAAAGUUGUUUCGUGUUUAAACUUGUUUUUCCUUAUCUACUUAAUUCUUUACUUACUCAAUCUGUAACUGAAGCCUCUAUCAGUCUCUGUCUCUUAUCUUAAGCUUGUGUUUAUACUUUCGUCAAGUACAUCGUUCUGUGCAUUCUGUUUAUCUACAUACCUAUCAUAGUCUUGUCAUUUUCAUGAGUGAUCUGUCAGGUUUUAGUCAUGGGGCUGUAUAACUUCUUGAUCAUCGGUUUCCUCUAUGCACCCUCGGAAAUAACCAUCAGUGCCAUGACGAAGUUUUUAUUUUCUGAAUGUCAAGAUUUGUCCAAGCCAUUUCCUCAAUAGACUUUAAGCCAUUUUCACCAUCAUAGUCAGUGUUUCUCUUAAUCUGCCACUGUGGCAAUCAUGAAAAUCCUGCGACAAAUUGGAUGGGGUCGCGCACUUUGUCUGCUGCUGCUAGUAUGGCUUGUGUUCCUUCUAUUUACCAUUGGCUACCUGCGUCAUGAACCAGACACACAAGUUGCUCAACGUUUAUCAGAGGCAUUGAAAGAACUAGACUCUCUUCACAAGAAACAUACAGAGCUGAACAAUUUGGUGUUGGAAUACUACAUUGGUGAUGCUCAAUUGAAACCAGAAGAUAAAGCAUUACUGCACAAAAAUCUGGAGAAGGUGAUAGGCACAAACAUUCAAGUGGGAUACCCACCUGUUCAAAAUGCUGUUGGUCAACCGAGUACUGAAUACGAGGCAUUGAAAAGAAAGUUACACUCAGGCAUUCUAGAAUUUUGGUGGUUUGUGAGCAGUGAAGUAAAGAAAAUCCGGAAAGAAGCUGAGAAUUUCUCUCCUUUACUUGCCAGUAAAUUCAACAAUAUUCUGGACUUGGGGAUUGAACAUAAACGAUCUUUAAUCAAGGAUGUUUCUGGACUUAACCAUGCGGAUGGCUACGCUUCAUGGCGUCAAAAUGAAUUCGAAGAAUUGAGUAGUUUAAUUCAGAGACGACUAGAUUAUUUGCAAAAUCCCUCAGAUUGUUCAAAAGCAAAGAAGCUUGUUUGCAAUCUUAACAAGGGUUGUGGUUUUGGGUGCCAACUACACCAUGUUAUUUAUUGCUUCAUCAUGGCUUAUGGCUUGGAGAGAACUUUAAUUCUCAAGUCCAAAGGCUGGCGUUACGGAGUCAGUGGUUGGGAAUCAGUGUUUUUCCCUCUCAGUAGGACUUGCACUAGUGCUAAUGGAUCCAGUCAUGGCCCCUGGAGAGCCAACGGUAAUGUACAAGUGAUGAAUCUACCUAUAAUUGAUUCAUUGACACCUCGGUCAAAGUUUCUUCCCGGAGCUGUACCUAAUGACAUUGCGGGUCGCUUGACCAGAAUCCAUGGUAAUCCUACAGUCUGGUGGAUUGGACAAUUUUUGAAAUAUAUGCUCAAGUACCAGCCAGCCACAAAACAAAUGUUAGAUGAUUUUGGGAGGAAAGUAAACUUCCAAAAUCCAAUAGUUGGUGUUCACAUUCGACGCACGGACAAAGUAGGAACUGAAGCUGCAUUUCACUCUGUUGAAGAAUACAUGAGCCAUGUGGAGGAAUACUUCCAGCAGCUCCUUGUCUCUCAACCAGUGCCUCAGAAAAGAAUCUACCUGGCAACUGACGACCCUAAAGUUUUCACAGAAAUACGACAAAAAUAUCCUGAAUAUGAAGUUUUGGGUGAUGCAGUUAUCUCAAAAUCAGCUUCUUUAGGGAACCGAUAUUCAAGAUCAUCUCUUGAUGGGAUUAUCACUGAUAUUCAUUUUCUAGCUCGCACAGAUUUUCUUGUUUGUACUUUUUCCUCACAGGUCUGCCGUAUUGCAUAUGAAAUCAUGAAUGCUCUUGUUCCUGAUGCUGCCGACCACUUCAAAUCCCUCGAUGAUGUCUACUAUUUUGGCGGACAGGAGCCACAUUAUCAUGUUGCGGUGCUGCCACAUACUGCGAAAACACCGCAAGAAAUGAACUUGAAAGUCGGUGACAUCCUAACUAUUGCAGGAAACCACUGGGAUGGCUAUUCGAAAGGCUCAAAUCUUCGCUCACAAGUUUAUGCAUCUCUGUUUCCCUCUUUCAAAGUACAGCCUAAAGUUGAGACAGCAGAUUUUCCAACUUAUCCGCAAGUCCCGCUCAAAGCACCCGAAUCUGAGCCGGUCAGGUAAUAUUAAAAAUAACAAAAUAGGUUUUCAUCUUCAUUCACUGCACUAACCUGGUUGGAUACUAGGUACAAAUAGUUUGAGAAUGUUUAAGCAUGUAACAUUGACUCUGCAGCAUUGAAGUUCCUGAGGAUUGCAUCAGCCCAGAGAUAUGUCAUUGUAAAGUUGUAGGGGUGCAAGAUCGUCAUCAUCCUCAAACUUCUAUUUUUUUAUGUAGAGGUGGAUUUGUAGUGACGACCAAAAAAGCAAGUGUGUAUUUCAGUCAUAAAUGAAAAAAAGAAGAUUUGCAUAGGGUAUUGCAGUUUUUUUAAAAAAACGUCAGGUCCGUUCUGCAGUAUUAUCACGAUUGUCACAAUACCUGACACUACUCGACGAAAACUGGCAAUUCUGUAAUAAAAAGGCAUCUAAAAAUUUAGUUUUUUACAAACUGUCUUUAAAAUUGGCCUUACUGUAUCCUUUGAAAGUUGCUUCUUAAGCGGUGGCUUCUUAUUUUUUUCUUCUUGAUUAGGACUCAAUGCAAGAUCUGAGUGUUGCUCAGAUUCUUUGAUUCCUUGCUUCAGAUUCCAGAUAGCUUGAAUGAAAAGAAAAAGAACUGAGGCAAGAAUGAGUUUCAUACAUUGAAUGACAAUCUCAAUUCGGAAAAACUGGCUGAGGUCUGAAACUUAAUGAUCCAACCAAGCAGUUAUACAUGGUUCUAUCAAAUCAAUGUGCGUCUUAGAACACUAAUUUAGAUGAAUUAUGGGGGCAAAAAAUUUCAGCCUCUAGAAGGACUGUAUGUGGAAGUGUGCCUUGCACUUUACUCUUACUGUGUGAUUGUUUCUUUGCAUUGUGAUCAGUUAAUUGAAAUAUGUAGUAUUAUGUGAUUCCUACUUUUAAUCUGAAAAUAUUUCCACGUAUUUGAUGUAUUUGUGCCGGAGUAAGUUUUAAGCAAUGCUAAGCCAAGGUUCCAUUACAUUAGUAACGCUUUGCCAUAAAUCUAACUCUACUCCCUACUAGGAACCCUUGCUCUCCAAGCUACAGACUUGGUGAUAAUUUAAGAUUUAGAUUUUCAGCAAAAUUGAAUUUUGAAUCAUUGGAAUUUCAUGUCAAGAAUAUUUUCUGCAAGUGAUCUCCAUACUGCCCGUCUACAGGGAAAUUCAUAUGUUUUAAUUUUGAAAGCUGUUCCACGCUAAAACUGAGCAUCGCCAUGAAAUAAAAGGAACAAACCAUUAAUCCUACUGCCACAGUUUUAUUGUUUUGUUCUUUAGAUCUUUCUCCAUCAACUCAACUACAAGCAAAUAGCAAUUGCUUGGAGUUUUUUUUUUUUUUUUUUUUUUUUUUUUUUUUUUUUUUUUUUUCCUAAAAAAAAAUCCUAACGAAGAUAUCUUUUUAUGGCAAAUUGUCACUCUAUUCAUGAUAGUCUUUUAUUGUAUGCUAUGUAAGUUGCAUAUGUAUAAUUGCAAAACUUUAGAAGUAUGACAAAUACAAUGCGAACUACUAAGGGUGCACAUGAAGGUUGUAAAAAUACCCUCUUGUGUCAAGUGAAGAUCUUGUUGUCAUUCCCGUCUGAAAGAAUGUGUUUGAUAGAAAAUCUUCCGGAAAAUCCUCCUUACUUGCGUUUAAGAUUAGUCUCAUCUUACACAAUCCUUAAAAUAUUAAUUACUCUGACACUGCAACAGGUUAAUGAACAGAAAAUUGUCAGAUGUAUGGUGUCUUUGUAAUUAUAUGGAUUAUCUUUGUUCAUUCUCUGUCUAUUGUGAAGCCCUCGGCAAACUCUAUUUUUUGUCAGACAACACCCCUCUCUGACUUAGACUCCUAGUUAACUGUGGGAUCACACUUUUAGGUAUUCCUUUUCCUACUUAUAACAUAAUUUGUUACCUAAGUUUAAUUUAAUUCUCUGCUAUUAUAAUUUAGUCUCAUUUAUAAUUGAAAUUAUUUUCAAGGCCAUAUGUAUUAUUCGUAUUGUAAAAGUGUAUUUAGUCCAUUACUCUUUUCAUGGUUCAUCCUAUAGAUUAUUUUUUCACUUUUUCUCUAUCUAAAGGUGAAUAAUUACAAUACAACAUUCACAGCAAUUUUUUUUUGUUUUAGGAUAAUAAUUUUAAGCCUCAAUGAAAGUCCUUUGGUACAUGUUUAAUUAUUUUGCAAGAAAGUGUCUUAACUUUAUUUUUCUGCAAGCUUGUGUGCUAGCAGAGUUGGAAUUAAACAGAAUGAUAGAAAGUUGUAAAAAAUUAAAGUGUAUAACCCUACUCGGAAUGAUAUUUAAAUGAUAAUUGACUUUAUUUUUUAAUCUUAUGGGGGCUACCAAAAAAGUUUGGUCACUGUGUCGAAUGAAAAGAGCGCAUGGCACAAUGCAUAUGUUUAGCAGAUGGAGUUUCAAAAAUAUCAGCCUUGGCUUUUAAAUGACAAGGUCAUUCUACUUGUUUUAUGUACAUUAAAUUUUGGCUCUACCAACAAAACCAGAGAACAUAUUUGACAUUGCUGGCACCGGAAAUUAUUUCAACUCUUGAGAAUUCAAGGGUAGUUGAAGUGAAAGAAAAUCGGCAAAAUUUGCCUUUUCCCGGAAUCCUGAUAUUUUUUUUGUUUCGGUGACACUUCACACUUUUUUGCUUUGAAACAGAGUUUCAAACUUGGGUCUGGAGCCAAAAUCCCCAAAAAUUCAGGUUUUUAAAAAGUUCCUCAUCAGAUUUCAUGUUGGGCCUGAGGGUGAAGAUUCAUGAGCUAUGGAUGUGUUGUUUGGAACCACCGGAGACCGAAAAUAUGUGGAAAUAGUCAACCAUCACCUUUGGGUCCAGCAUGAGUUCUGAUGUGAAACAUUAAAAACAUGCCUUCGAAUUUCGGCCUUUAUAUCCAGUCUAAGCAUCUGUUUCAAAACAAAAUAUUGUGAGUUUAGCCGAAACACAAAUAAGUCUGUAAAAUGUACGUCGUCAACUGCAAAAUACCGAAAAAUCUCAACAUUGUGGGAGUGGUCCGAUUUUUGCCCCUCAACAAUGCCCUCCUUUUAAAUUAUUUAAUUUUUUUCAUUUUCUUGUAUUCUUUAGUUGAAGUAACUUUGUGCGUGCUUUGCUUUACAUGAUUUAAACAACGAUUUAUGAUCGCUACCUACAUUUAAUAUCCGCUUAGCCCUCAUCAGCUGUAAAAAAAUUGUUCUAAUUCUACAGAUCUUUUUUUGUCGUUCCACAACCUGUUUUCUAUCGCUCACUUUUAUACACUUCUCAUGGAAGUGAUAUGCUCACUUUGAGUCUUAUCCUCUACUUAACUUUUGAUUUUUAAUUUAAUCAUCUUGUGCUUGUCAUUUUUUGGAAUGUAUCUACUUAAAACUUAAACCUUCAUAACGAAUUUCGUUUAAAAAAUGAUUGUACUGAGUAUUGCAUUGAAUUAACUCAUCCAAUUAGCUUUCUUCUGAGCUACACCUCAUGCUAAUUCCUGAUUCUCAUUUUGUCAAGAACUCAUGAUUUUGUGAUCGAUUUAAUCCCUAAGUAAUUUUUUAAGUGAUUUUUCAAUUCUCAAUUUUGUUGAAUGUUUUAUUCUUUAGUCGAAAUGUUCUAACUAUAUGUCAUCACUAAUAUUUCACUGCACCAACAUUUCACUGCGGACAUUUUACUGUGGCUACUUUUCCUUGCCUGUAUUAUUAUCUCUUCAAAAUUCGUGCAGUCUUUUCCUCAACUUUUUUCCAAGCUUAAGGCUGGCCGCUAUAACACACUCCAUCUUAUGAGUUUGUCAUAACUGAUGAAAAAUCUGAAUCGUUGUAAAAACGAUUUAUCAAUGCAUGAAAAUCACGCCAAAAGUAGCUUAAUUCUCAAAACGUGUCUGAUGCCCAUAAAAUCUAAUUAGAGACUGAUGUUGGCAUAGCCUAAUCGCCAUUUAUUUGCUCCUCUAUAUGUUGCUACCCUCCUCUUUUUCUUCCAGCCCUAUUCCUAACUUACCCUGCCUCUAUUUGGAGAUGUUUUUAGUCCAAUUGCUGUAAUAAUUACCACAGUACAGCCCUUCGUAUGUUUUCUCCACCUUGUUGCCGGUUGACUUAUCAGUUGCCUCUUAUUUAAUCUUUCCUUAAAACAGUGUAUGAAUGGCAGCAAACAGUUGCUUGGAUCAAAGUUGUCUUAGCAGUGAAAUUUUACUGCAGAGAAAUGUUCUUGGUGAAAUUCUGUGCUAAAAAAUAUCAUAAAAUCGAUCAAAAUAUACUCAUUUUUAGUUUAAGUGUCAUUUUAAUAUCGUCAAUAUCUCAGAUUGAAAUAAGUAUGUAGUUUUGUAUUUAUAAAACAAUCUUUUUUUAAGUAUAGUUUUAAUCUUUGGAAUCAUCUGAGACAAGGAAAAUUCAAAAUAACUAUACGUACCUGUCUCAAAAAAGUAUGUGCAAAUUAUUUUCUUACCCUUUUUAUAAAGUGUUUUUGUCAUUAGCAGUAAUCAAGAGUUCACAUUUUGUUACAAAAAAAUCUUAUGAUGCUGGAGUUAGGAAGCUUACUGAGAGACGAGUUUUGUAUGUGAUCCAAUAAUAAUUUUUUUUUUUUUUAUUAUUUUUUUUGUCAAAAUAAGUAGUGUGUUUUGAGGGGAAAAAAAGCCUUAACUUCCCAUUCAACGUACUCUAGAGAGCAAUAGACAUGGAAUAGAUCAAAAUCAUCACUUUUUAACUCUUACGGCCUCAUGAUCCAAAUUAUAAACAGUACCAUUCAUAUGAAAUCUCAGCUAAAAAUUGUGCUGUAAAAAUCAUUUAACCAUUAUUUCUCUCAACACCUGAAGAACUGUGGGAAAUGAUUGGUUGAGUAUUAUAAUUUUAGGAAUCUUAUGUCCGCAAAAGGACUCCCUGCAUUAAAAAUAUUAGUAUGAGUCAGUUACGCUGGUCACAGAAUCAAGUUUUGAUGUGUGUUUCUUGUAGAUCAGCAAAAAAUGAUGAGAUCUGUCCAAACAGCAAGUCUCUACAUUCAACAUUAACGGAGAUAUUGCGCUUUGAAAAAUUUUGUUUAUGUCGUCAUCCCCUGUGGUAGUGACACCCUUGGUUUCCUCCAUCUUAGUUUCAUCCAAGUUGCACGGUGAGUAACCAUGCAAAUGUGUGUCUCUUCCUUACGGAUGAAACUAAGAUGGAAGAAACAAGGGGUGUCACUACCGUGGUGGAUGACAUCAUAAACCGAAUUUUUCAAAGAGGGAUAUCUCGGUUAAUAUUGAACACAGAGACUUGCUGUCUGGCCCGAUUUUAUUAUUUUUAGCUGAUCUACAAGAAUCAAGCAUCAAAACAGAAUUCUGUGACCAGCGCAAUUGACCCAUUCCACGCCAUAUAAAGUUUGUUAUUAUGUAUUUGAUAUGUGAUGACAAUAGGUUGUCAUGCAUCAAUGAGACAAGAAUUUUACGUCACAGUUUCAGGUCCUCCCUUUUUAAGAAUUUGCCAUGAGACGAAGACUAAAUUGUUUCCCCUUACUCCUGCUAUUGACUCUGUUCCUUAAAAUUUCAUGAAAAACUAGAGUUAUACUUAUUAUGCAAAUGGUAAUCGAUUUUACGCAAGACUCAGGGCUUUGAAUAAUAGUUUUUUUUCUUCUUUUUUUUUUGCCGAAGAGGGGUAUAGAGGGAAAAUUAUGUUCUCAACUAUUACUAUAGGAGCUUUUUCAGUAUGCAUUGUAUAAUAUAGUUAAAUAAUUCAUAGUUAAUAUUAUGUUAAUGUAGUCAAGUUAAGUUAUCGUUCCAUUCUGCGUUUUUUUAUCUCUCCUUUUCUUUUUAUUCCAGGAUUGUAAGUGUGCUUGUAUUUUCUGCCCGAUUUUAGUUUUUUUUUGUUGUUAAAUAUUGAAUACUAUUCCAGAUUUUUACAAUUGUAUGUAGUUAUCUAUGUGUUUGUUGGUGGUAUUUUUAUAUAUUUUAUCGAUUUCAGUAAAUUUUGUUAUUUUAUUUGUGUGCAUUACUGUCCUUGAGUUUCAAAGAAGGAAUUUUAAAAUAUUUGGACAAAUUCAAGGUUAAAAUUAGGAAGCACGUAAGAUCAAACACUCUUUAGUUUUGAAAGUUGAUGGAUAGUCAUAGAUGAAAAGCUUUUCUUUUGAAUCAUAAUACUCAAAACAUAGUUUCUUUCAUUGUCACAUCGUGUUAUGAGCUAAAUUGUUUGGGUUUCCUUGUUCUAAGUUCUGAGUGUGACAUUUAGAGCUCCCUGUGUCAAACUUGUUCUUUCAACCGGAGUUGUUUCCUAAAAAUAAUCAAAUUGCUAUGUAAAAUCAAUCCAACUAAAUCUAGGUUUUCUUUAUGAGUCGUAGGUACAUUUUCAAAGAACUUUUUUCAAUAGAUUAUCAAAAUUCACUAUUUUCAGAUCUGUUAACCUUUAAAAAUUUCUAAAGUGAGUUUUUUUACUUUAAAGUCAAUUCUGCAGCUAAUUCCCCGUGAUUAAAUAUUGUCUUUAGUAAAAUUUGAUCAUUUACCUGUGCUUUAAGUUUUGCUGUUUUGAGAAUUCUACUUUGUAUCAAAUUUUGUUUUCUUUUCCAUGACCCUAGUUAUAGAAAGAAAUGUUAAGUCUGAUAUUGAACCCAGUCUGUCACUUGAAAAUAACAUUUUGUGAUGUAUGAAAUUUAUUUUCUGUUCAGAUCUCCUGAAAUCUACUUAAAAUCAACCUCUCAAGCCGUAAAAAAACUUAUUUCCAAAACUUGAGUAUGCUGCCACAGCUAUCCUCCGUUUUACUCAAUUCCUUUAAUAUUUUUUCUAAUCUCGCUCAAGAUGGAUUAGUGUAAAAAUAAAUCUAACAUUUCACUCGUUCCUCGGAUAUAUACUGUUUUUCUGCUGGAAACUAAAGUGAAUCUAGUUGAUAAAUGCGCUCUUCUUAAACUGACAUUUAUUUUCUACUUAAACUUACUGGUUCAUCAAUGAGUUUUCUUCAAAAGAAUCAUUAUUUAAUGCAACUUUGGGCAUUUGUCUUGUUCUACAUCCAUACCUGUGCAAUCUGUUUUGAAUACUGUUACCAAAAAUUCUUUGAUUUACUUCAUUGUAAAUAGAUUUAACUAGGCAUUUUAUGUAAUCUAAAUGUAAUCACAAAUGAUGGAGUCACAGAUACGGGAGUGAAAGUGCAAAUUUUGUUUUUUCAAGAGAAAUUACUUGGAAAAGAGAAUAUUGCAUGGAACCAAACAGGACGCACUAAUCUUGGGGUGUAAUUUCAUAAUUAUAGUGUUGAAUUUUUUUACUUAGAACACCUAAAUGGACCAACAUGGCUUUUCCUAAAAAAAAUUGUAUCAUAAUUUUUGUUAAAGUGCUGUUGAACUCCCUAAUCUGUGACGCUAAAAAUACUAGUUUGUUUUUCUCUGCCUUUAUCAGGGGAACCCUUGAAAUGUAUAUUUUAAAAUGUGAAUAUUCCUGCUCAGCAAUUGUUUUAAAUUGUAACUGUUGUAAAUCUUUACUGCUUUUAUUUUAUGAAAUCAUGUCAAUCAUUAUAUUAUUCAUUUCAACUCUCUCAAUGACCAUACUCUCCUUAGACAAAAAUUUAGUCAGAGUUGCUUACUAAUCGGUUCAGUCGGUGGCAAGAAAAUCAUGCUUGCUUUUGAAAAGCCCAGUCAGGAGACUUUCUAUAUUUGUACAUAAUGUCAGCUCAAAGAACUUUUUUAGUGCUUGGCCCAUCUUGACAUUACAGUUUCUAUCAGUUUUUAAGAAAAAUUUGAUGUACGAUAUGGGUGGGUUUUUUACCUUAAGGUCUCUUAUUUCAAGAUCUAUGUUUAAGGUCACUAUUGACUGUCUCAGUCUUGUCAUUUUUAAUUGAAGGAGAUAAUAAUAUUAGGCAAAUUUCCUCUAUUGAUUAUAAGAUUUGCUCCCAUGUUCCUUCAACUAAAAAUAAAAUUGAAGAUGCUCCACCCUCUAGUCUCUCUGAAUAUUCCAUCCUCUGGCUUAUUCUCUGGUGAACACCGUGUGCUUGAUUGAACAUCAUUUUAUUUUUAGGUACUUAAUUUUUAAGAACAUCUCCAAAAAUCUAGUUUCUUUUUCUGUUCAAAAAUUAACUAAUUGUAAUUGUUGUCCAAGGAUUGUAUUGUUUAAUUAGAUUGUUCUCUGAAUUUUAAAUACAUUCAAUAUUGUUUUUUUA